AGAUCUAAUGUUGGACUUUGCCUAUGAGCAGCGGAUCCAGUUCCUGCUGCUGCUGCCUCUGGUUUCAGUUUUUGUAAAAGUCAUGGUUUGGAUUCCGCCUGUCUGCAAACUAUCUGAAUUCGGAUGCACAGCCCGUGAAGGUUGUGCUUUGUAGCCUGCCAGGUUCGCAGUGCCUCUGCACGACGUGUGAAGGCUGACUGCUGGAGUUUGGCAGCUCUGCCCCCUCUCGCCGCCUCCCCCAGAGGCUGGAGCUGGUUGAAGUUCGGGAUUCGCACGGAGUCCUCGCGUCAUUGAAGGGCUCGCCCGGAGGGGAGUAAAGAUGGCAACUGCAGAGUUCAGCUUGAAGAGAGUGGCCUGGCAGAAGAUCAAGAAAUAUGUAUUGGAGGACUGUAAGACAGAAGGAGAGUGGAAGAUACUUAUUUUGGACCAUUAUACCACAAAGCUGCUUUCCUCUUGCUGCAAGAUGUCUAAUCUUAUGACUGAGGGGAUUAGUGUUGUUGAAGACCUACACAAGAGCCGUGAACCAAUUCCAAACUCCAAGGCUAUCUACUUCAUUACUCCAACAGACAAGUCAGUCAGUGCACUAAUAAAUGACUUCAAAAAGAAGCAUUCCUACAAGUAUAAGGCAGCCUACAUUUACUUCACUGAUUAUUGUCCUGAUAACCUCUUCAGUCAAUUAAAGACCACAUGUACCAAAGCCAUAAAAUGUUGUAAGGAAGUGAACAUUUCCUUUCUUGCAUAUGAAUCUAAGGUGUUCACCUUUGACAUUCCCAAUGCAUUUCACUCCAUCUAUAGUCCAGAAACAACAGAUAAAAUGACCACGUUGGGGAUAGUGGCUGAUAAAAUUGUGACACUAUGUGCAACUUUGGAUGAAAAUCCUGGAGUGCGAUACAGACUGGAGCGUGAAAAUAACUACAGGGCUACUGAAAAUAAUGCAGAAUGUCUUGCAAACAUGGUAGAGGAAAAGUUGGCAGAGCAUUACAAACUAGAUCAGCAAAACAAUGGCAAGGGAAAAACACAGUCACAGCUUUUGAUUGUUGACCGUGGAUUUGACCCAGUAUCAACGAUAUUGCAUGAGCUAACCUUCCAAGCAAUGGCAUAUGACCUGGUUGCAAUUGAGAAUAAUAUUUAUAGAUACCAAAUAAAGGAUGAAAGUACAACCAAAGAGGCCCUUUUGGAUGAGGAUGACGAACUCUGGGUAAAAUUGCGGCAUUUACAUAUUGCCGAAGUUAGCGAAAAAAUUCCCAAGUUGGUAAAAGAGCUUUCCAAAAGCCAUCAGACUACAGAAGGAAAGGUCACUCUCAGCUCUUUAUCACAAAUGAUGAAAAAGUUGCCCCACUACCGAAAGCAAAAGACCAAGCAAACAGUUCACCUGAACUUGGCUGAAGAUUGCAUGGGUCACUUCCAUGGAACAGUAGAAAAACUCUGCAAGGCUGAGCAGGACCUUGCCAUGGGAGCUGAUGCACAACGGCAAAAAAUUAAGGAUCCGAUGAGAAUCAUUCUGCCCAUUUUGCUGGAUAAGUCCAUCAAAAGUUAUGACAAAUUAAGGAUCAUCUUGCUCUAUAUCUUCCACGUGAAUGGCACUACAGAGGAGAACCUUAGAAAGCUUAUCCAGCAUGGAAAGGUUACAGAGUACCAUAAUAUUAUUGAAAAUUGGAAGUUUCUUGAUGUACCCAUUUUCUCUGCUGAUGGUCAGAACCAUAAACUUUCUCGGAAGGAUCGCAGUGACGAGGAGAGCUACCAGCUUUCCAGAUGGACACCGUUCAUUAAAGAUAUCAUGGAGGAUUCCAUUGCAAACAAGCUUAAUUCCCUGGAAUGGCCUCAUUGCUCAGGCUGUAGUUCUGCUUGGAAUGGCUCUGGAGCUGUAAGUGCUCGUCAGGGGAACAAAAGCAAUAUUCAAGAUGACCGUAGAAGUCUGAAAUUAAUCAUAUUCAUAAUAGGAGGUGUCACUUACUCGGAAAUGCGUUCUGCAUAUGAAGUUUCUCAGAGCAAUGUUAAGCAUUGUGAAGUGAUUGUUGGUUCAACUCAUAUUCUUACACCCACAAGACUACUAGAUGAUCUGCAGAACCUGAACAAAUGAAAGCGAAAUGUUUGAAUUAAACCAGUCACUUAUAUAGAUUUCAGCAAAUAUGAAAGACAAGGUUUUGUAUGGUUAAUCUUAUUUACCUAAAUAUUUUGAUGAUUUGGAAUUCACAAAUGUGUUGACUAGUGUAAAGUGCCUAAAGUAAUGUAAUUAAAAUACUGUAAAUUAUGGCUCCAGCAGAAUUCCAUUGACAAAGGAUUUUCACUUUAGAUCUACUGCCUAAAACAGUUGUAUAACAAGAAUGCCAUACUGUAGUUCAUAAUUCUGGUGUCACUACUAUUGCAUGUGUUUUAUAAAAGCAAUAACUAUAUGGGUGUAUUUUCAGAGAUUUAUGUUGAUAUAUUUUAUAAACAGCAUUUUGAAUAUAUUGUCUAAAGUAUAUAUUUAUGUCUAACAUGGGUCUUAAAUAAAAUUGUUAAAUUUACAAUUUUCAGUUGUAAAAGAAAAAUAUCUGUGUAAUGAAUGUUACAAUGUAAAUGCUUUUGACAAACUCCGUAAAACUUUGUCAAAACUAGGGCUUUAUUAUGUGAAAUCAAUGUUCUUUAAUUUUCCAAACAGGUAAAACUAUGCACUUCUAUAAACAAAGAAAACAAAUUUAGAACUGGUGCACUCUGUAAUGUGAUUUCAGCACAGUAUUAGAAUAAUGGAAAUGUGCAGGAGUUCCUGAAAAUUACGUUAUACUCACAUGUAUAGUUAAAAUGCAACAUAUUUGUCAGCCUUGAGGCAUAAUUCACCUUCAUGCUACCCAGAAAGUGUGUUGUAUUUUUUUUUGGGAUGCCAAUGCAAUUCUAGUAUGCAUAUGAUGUGACGGUAAAGGUCAGUGAGGGUAGGAGGGGUAGAAUUCUUCUUGUAAGUCUUGUAACUAUUUGCAUAGGCUAAUUCUUGCUACUUUAUUUUGUUUAUCCAUUAAAUGCUAUAAAGGAGAAUGCACUUCAAUAUUUUUUGGAAAGUGCUGAACAUCUGAAAAAGUUAUAAAUUGUUUUGAAUCUAUUCUAUCUUCUGACUAGCUAUUAAACUAACAACUAUACUGAGGUGUGUGUGUGUGGUACUUUCAUGACAUGGUCACCUUUAGUGAAUUAAAAUAGAAUGUGUGAUGUCUACUUUAAACUCCCCCAAUGAGACGUUUAGAAAGGUUGAAUUUCUGUUGAUGGAAAUCUUAGUUGAGCAAUUCCAGUGAACUAAUACACUGUUCCACGGAGUUAUUCAACAUGGGUUUGUGACUGUAAUUCCUGCACACUCAGUCCUUAAUCUCAGUUGUGUUUGUGAAAGUUGUGAAGUGGAAUUCCUUUCAAAGAUGGAAAAGAUAAAUUUACAGACACGUACACAAGGUCUUUACACAGACAAAUGAUAGAUCAUGGAAGAUCACAGAAUCCCAACAGUGGGAAACAGAUCUUCCAACCCAACAAGUCCACACUGACCCUCCGAAGACCAAACCUUCCACCACCACCGCCCCCCACUUUGGAUUGUGCAAGGAAACUGGAGCACCCGGAGGAAACCCACACAGACAUGGGGAGAAUGUGCAAACUCCACCCAGACGGUCGCCUGAGGCUGGAGCUGAACACGGGUCUCUGGCACUAAGAGGCAGCAAUGCUAACUGCUGAGCCACUGUGCUGCCCCCGUCUGUCUUUCAGUUUGUUUUGAACCAGCAAUGGAAGAGUAAAAAUACACAAAGUGUGUUAUUCACCUUGUUGCAAGCAAUUACAUUGCUUAAGAGGCAGGUUUUAAAUGUUACACCUGUAUUUUAGAGGCAUAUGUUUGCUUCUGUCAGUCAUAGCUUGGAAUCAGGAGGUUGUGGGUUCACAUCCCGAGAUCUACUUUGCUCCAUUUCUGGGGAAUCCAGUGUUGUCAGAGGUGCUGUCUUGAAAAUGAACGCGAAUUUGAACAAAAGCAAUGGAAUUAGCCCUUGUGUCCUGACCAAUAGUUAGUAUUCAAUCAAUAAAUAGAUUGACUGUUAUCACAUUUGCUACAAACUUGUUUGAAGAAGUUUGCAAUGUGCAAUUUAGCUGUCAAGUUUCCUACAUUAUACUUGUGACUUUAGCAGUUUUUGGUAGCUGUAAAACUUUGUGAUAUCUAGUGGUCCUGAAAGAAUUACAUGCGAUAUGGUUGGCUACAUAGUGAUGGGCGUAUUGCAUACUGCUGUGCAUUUAGCCAAGAAUUAAAAGGUGGUGCUACCAUUGGAAAGUAUGAAGAUGAUUUAGGAAUGUUAGACUCAGCAUUCAGCCCUUUCAGCCAGCUCUGCUAUUCAAUAAGAUUAUGGCUGAUCUCAGUUCCACUUUCUUGUCUGCCUGUCAUAACUCUUAGCUCUGUCUCAAUCUUGAAUAGACUCUAAGCACCAGCCUCCACUGCUUUUUCAAGUCUACUUGUCAUGGAAUAUUGAGGAGCAUGAACUAUUUGAACAAAUUCUGUUUUUGUAAUCUUUAAUCACAAGUAAUUAUUCUGAAAUAUAAGAACCAUGAUUCCACGCAUGCAUAAUAAAAGGCUUAUUUUAGGUUAUGGCACUGCAGAAAUGGUCUUAUUGCAAUCUGAACAGAAGUGUAUUGUAUAUAACACAGUGCGUGCACAGCUUGUUCUCUAGUUAUACAUGUUAAAUCUUAAAAUUGUAAGCAAUUAAAGA